AUGGAUCUAUUCAACUCUCCCGCCUUUUCAACCCGCGCAGAGCAGCUCAUCAAGAAAUUCCACGUCCCCGGCCUCGCCAUCGCCCUCGUCCACAAAGAUGUCACCGCCUCCAAGGCAUUUGGCAUGGCUUCCCUUGAGCCAGAGAGGCCAAUGACCACCGAUACCUUGUUUGACAUUGCUUCGGCGUCAAAGUCUCUCACCGCGGCGUCGGUUGCGCUGCUCGUUGCCGACGACAAGUUUCCCGACGUCGAGUAUGAUGCCGAGAUGGCGAAAUUGCUGCCGGGCGAGUUUGUCAUGCCUGGAGAGGGGUAUGAAGGCGUUACUGUUGAUGACAUACUGAGUCAUAGGAGCGGAUUGGCGCCCAAUGAUAAUUCAUAUCUUGGCCCUAGGGCGAAGAACACAGACAGUGCGCAGUCUAUCACGCGAAACUUGAGGAAUCUGGCCACUGCGGCUCCUAUUAGGGCCAAGUUCAUGUACUGCAACAUGAUGUUUACCGUGGCCACCUAUCUCGUAGAGCAAAAGACUGGCAUCAGCUUCGCCGACUUUCUUGAGCAGCGGUUCUUCCAGCCUCUGGGUAUGAAUUCGAGCAACUUGCAGCCGGAGCGGGCGCGUGCCAAGGGGCUGGGAGACCGCAUCAGUCCUGGAUACUGGUGGGAUGCAAAGGCUAACAAGUAUUCGACGUUUGUCAUCCCCGAUGCACCAGAGGCUCAAGGGGCGGGUUCAAUCAUCACCAGCGUCGACGACUACGUCAAGUAUGUCCGGGCCAUUAUGAACAAGGAGGGCCCGUUUACAGAGGACGUGUACAAGGGAAUCAUCAGACCACGCUCCAUUAUAAGCCAAAACUAUGACAAGCUACUCCCCUUUACGUCUCCGUUGUUGUACGCGGCUGGCUGGGAAGUACACCAUUACCGAGGCUACUUGGUCGUCGCUCACCACGGAGGCAUCGCCGGCUCCUCCACCAUCCACUUCUUCAUGCCCGACCUCAAUUUCGGCGGCGCAAUGUUUGGAAACUCUGACGACGCAAGCUUCGUCGCCGAGGUCCUCAUGCAAGAACUCAUCGACCAACUACUGGGUUUACCCCAAGACCAGAGGCUCAGCUGGGACAAGGUCAUGUACGAGAAGAACACAGGCAAAAAGUACGACGAAUACGACACCAACGCCAACGAAGACGCCGAGACCGAGGCCGAAGAGGUGGAAGCAGAGCGGCAGAAGCUGUGCCCCGGCAUCAAGGAGUCGGAGCCGCAAAAGAUGCCUCUGAGCGCGUACACGGGCGAGUAUUGGAACCCUGGGUGGCGGGGCGUCGUGGUUGAGGUCAGGGAUGAGCAGCUGUUUAUCGAUUGCUCGGAUCGGUCGUAUGUCUUUACGGUGAAGCUGCAGCACGUGUGCGAGCAGACCAAGUAUGUUGCCGUCAUGAGAGAGGUGGUGGGGGGUGUUGGGACGGCGAUGAGAGCCGAGUUUCGGUUUGAGAAUGAUGUUGCUAUGAAGGUUGGGAUUAUGUUUGAGGAGGAGCUGGAUGAUUAUAUCUGGUUCGAUAGGGUCAUGGCUUAG